UCCAUGGACCUGACUGGAUGACUCUUAACAUCAUGUGCGGUCCCUCCCUCCUCCCUUCUCCCCUUCUGCGUUCCUCCUUCCUCUUCUCUUCUCUUUCCUCCUUUAGUCCUCAUUGCCUCCAUUCCCUUUUAUUUUUGAUAAAAUAUGCAUUCUCUGGAACACCCCUUCACUCAAAAUUUGCUUCUUGUUGACGUGAGUAGGGCCUUUCUGCAAAGGGGCUUGCUUUUCACAAAGUUUAACAGACAUAUAGCUUCAGUUUUAAAUUUCUUCAGGGCAGACAUCUUUGUAGUAAUGUAUUUGUAUUCCCUAUAGCUCCAAACAAAGUGCCUUGUUGAAAAUAGGAACCCAAGAAAAAUUAUCCAAGUGCAUCUCUCUACCAUUAUUCCAGAAACUUUACAAAGUAUGUAGAGAAAAAAAAAAUGAAUCUAGCAAGAAUAAUGAGCUUGAGCUAGGUUCGAAUACUAGUCUGAUAUAAGCCAGCAUAUCUGAAAAUGAGAUGUGUUGUUAAAUAGCCUACUCGAAUUUUGUUUUUAGUUGGAGAUCUGUUAGAAAAACCUGGAAUUGAAUUUAAAUCUUAUUUGUGAUUUAAGAAAUAAAUAAUUCAGGAGGAGAGCACAUUUUAGUUCCUUCUCUGCUCCUGGAAUUUGAAAGACAGACUUGGCAGUUUUGAGUUGGUUGGAGUGGAAGGAUUUAUGCUAGCCCCUGUGGGUGCCUCUAGACCAAGUUCUUACCAUUUGGAGUGAUGUGUCAUCCCAGGCUCUGAUGGAGGCACAUCUGUAGGCAGGAGGGGCUGGAAGACAGUUGAGGUCUUCACAGAGGUGAGAUCAGAUCAUCUAGCAACUGUGAUGAGGAGAAGAGUCUUAAAUAUUAUACUGGAAUAAAAAUGCGUCACGUCAUAGGAGGUCCAAUGAUAAGAUAGUUUAGUAUUUUUGUAAAUUCUCUUUUAUAAGCUAAUUUUUUUUUUUUUUUUUUUUACCUUUUCCCAAAUGUGGUAUAUUCAAAUGCCCUUGCCUAAUUUCUGCAUUUUUAGGAGAAGGAAAAUAAAAGCUAGUUAACAAUACUGUCAUAAGUGUCACAAUUGACUGCCAAAACAUUGACCCCCAGCUUAGUAGCUAAGAAACUUCUCUAUACCCAGUAGGCAGUCCACAUGAUUGUUUAAAUUAGAUAUUUGAUUUAAAUUUUGAUGGAUUUAACAACCAAGUGCAAUGAAACAAAAAAGCGAUAAAAAGAUGUAUGGCUGUUUGAAAAGAAGAGACAGAUUAAUGUUUUUUUUUUAAGUAAUGCGAUGCAUAUGUAAAUUUGAAGAAUAGACACCAAAAGGUUAAGGGUGGUUAUUUCAAUGCCUAAGAAGUUUUGACUAUUUAAUAUUCUCUGUUCUGAAUGUUUUUAAAAGUCUUAGAUCUUUGUAACUGUAUUUGUAUGAUGUUUCUGGCAUAGUGGUUUUUUCUGGGGCAGUUAUACUAGGGUACACAGGUAGAUGGAGAGCAGAGAAGCACUUCAGUACUUUUUGCUGUGCAGGCGGAGUAGAAAGUUGAGGCUUUUUCCAAAUUGAACUGUUAUAAAAUUGCAUAUGUUGGCCCUGUUAAUGCACCGGUUAAGCACUCAGCUACUCAGAGGUUUGAUUGGUGGUUCAAACCCACCCAGCAGCUCCUCGGGAGAAAGACCUGACAAUUUGUUCCCCUAAAAACUACAGCCUAGAAAACCCUAUAGGGCAGCUCUUUUCUGUCACAUGGGGUCACUGUGAGUUGGAAUGGACUGGACAGCACCUAACAACAGCAGUGAAUCUCAACCAAUUUGAAACAUUUUAAGUUGUCUCAUUAAUUUUGCUUUUGUAGGUAUUUCUUUAAAAAAAAAAUCAUUUGUUGUGUAAUGUAGCCAAAAGUAAAAUGUAGCCUAGAAAAAUCAGAAAAUACAGAUAGGAAAAACUAUCAGCCCCUACCCAUAAUCUCAUCACUGAGAGCCACCUGCCAGUAUUUUAGUGUCUGUCCUCUCAGUUUUGGUGUCUGUCCUCUCAGUUUUGGUGUCUGUCCUCUCAGUUUUCUGGAAAGUUUACUUCUGUGGAUACAUGGUAGCCUGAUUUUUAUCAGUGAUAUGACUUGACCAUCAUUCCUAUGGACAGUUCUGUAAGCAAAUGUAAAAAAUGCAUUUUAAGUGUUAUAAUUGUAUCAUGUCUCUGAUUUAUGUCUAGAUUUUACUCCCUGAAAAUCUUUUUAAAUUAAAUUUUAUAGUUAAUUUAUGUGAGGGUAUAGUAUUGUAAGAUAUAUCAGGGCCUUUGAAAGCCCUUUCCUUUUAGCUGAGAAUAACUAAUUCUCGAGAGUGUGGCUGUCCCUUCUGUUGUAGGGGUUGCCAGGCACUUGUAACCUGCCACCUCUGCCUCCGUACAGCUUCCUGGCCUGGUUUAUUUGGCCACAGGGGUUGAGACCUGAACUGGGAUUGAGUUCUUUACUUUGUAGCGGCCUCGUCACUUUUUACACGUAAGGUCUUCAGAGUCUAGAUAAUAACAUUUUCUCCCCUGUAAAGUAAAGGCUACUGAAAGACCCUUAGAAGAACCCUAGAAAUUAAAGAAAACUAUGAAAUAGAACAGGCUAGCAGCUUAAGUUUCUGGGGUAUUUAGUUAGUCUCUAAAAUGGUUUUGUUCACGUCACAAGACUUUUUGAGGUUCCAAAGAGAGUGUAAGGAAACUUACUGCUUUCUUGGUUUGAAUUUGCUGUAGUUGAGUUGCCCUUUCUGGUACUUGAAAUUAUCCAGUCAAAGCCGCUAAAAGCCUUGUUAGACAAAGUCAGAGUGUAGUCUCCUUCAGAUGUGCCCUUUACUCUUCUCCCAUCAACCUGACAUUUGGAAAAGUCUGGUAGCCUGAAGCCUCCACUGUGGCGAAGGUCAUGUAACCCCCCCCCCGCACCAUGGAAACAAGUAUUUCAGGAAUUUAUACUCUGAGCUGCAGAACUGAAAAAGCCAGAACUUUUCCAUUGUUUCUGUUGGAGGCAGAGCCUAGAGCCCUGCUUUAAUACCAUGAGCAACUUAAAAUCAGAGAGUUUGUUUUAAUAAUUUACCUCCAGGAUUAUAGACAGCCCUUGAUGAGUUUAACUGCAGAAAAAGAUUUGAAAUUAUGCCUACAGUGAAUAGGAGCUUAACAGAAUUUUUUAGUAUUAGAUAAAUUUAGAAAUUAUUUUAAGUAAAAAAGAAACUUAUAGAAAUAUAUAUCAUAUUACUUUCAUAAAAACAACGGUUACAGCAUCUUACUGCUUCAAACUUCUCUCCUUCAAACACCAGACCCACAGGGUUGCUUAUUUUCCACUGAUCUUACCUUGGCCAGUUGCAUAAACCUUCUGAUCAUCUGAUGAACACAUCCCCUGUGUGUAAUACGUUGAUCAUAUAUGCUUAUGGCAUAAAGUCCCUGAGUCUUAUGGCCCCAGCCUUACUGCUUCUCCUGUUGGUGACUUGUGAUAACCUUCAGUGCGCCCAAGGCAUUAUCUUUUUUUUUUUAAGCAUGUAUUAAGGACAUUGAAAUGGACUCUCAAUUCUUUGUGGAAAACGUAGCUUUAUAUAUCCGUUUCCAGUUUCUCUCCUUCUCGCUACUCAUCACAGUGCAGAAUGUCACACCACUACCAAAUAUCAAACACAGCUGAGAUCUAAUUCUCAACACCCUUGCCAUUUCACCUAGGACUGUUAAUUGAUAGCAUCAUUUUGGCCAUUUUUUAAAAGCUCAUAACUUUGCUAUUAUCCAUUGAUUCCCUCUCUUACUGACAUGGUCUUUUUUUUUUAAUCCUAUGAAAGAUCAUUUAAGAUGAACCUUAUGCUUUUUCUUCAGUUAAGCCUUUUUGUCUUACUUUUGGACCCCUAGCUUAGCUCUAAACCACAUGUCCUGAGUGCUAACAUUAGGUGCCAGCACUGGCCUCCUGUCAGGAAAGACACCCUUGCCUUUAAAAAAAUUUAAAAAGAUGUAUAAUGAAUUUAUAUGCUUUGAAUGAAUUUCUCAAACUUGCCUGAAGUGCAGGUGCCGUUGUCAUCAGUUUUCUUGUUUAAGAGAGAAAUUAGAACCCAGAAAGUGCACUAACAAGGCUGUUAGAACACAAUGGAAAGAGUAGUGAAUUGGAUGGGAAUAAAAGGCCCAGUUUUGCUAAUAACUUGCUGUGAGAUUUUAGGCAAUUCAUUCAGUGAGAUAAAGCUUCAAGAGUUGUAUUCACAAAGCUUGGGAAGCAGACUAGACGAUCUUUAAGGUUCUUUCUGAUACGAAGUCUUGUGGUUCUGUUCUCUCUUACCUUUUAAUUUAACCAGUGAAUCUCACUAUUCCAUGUCUGUUCUAUUCUUUAAAGAGUCUGUACCUUCAGCUUUGCUGAAUUCUUUGCUGUUGUUAGCUGCCAUCGAGUUGGCCCUCGACUCAUGGUGACUUCUGAAUCAUGGCGAUCCCGUGCACAACGGAAUGAAAUGCUGCCUGGUCCUGCACCAUCCCCAUGAUUGAGCUGAAUGCUUCAGUUGAAGCCUUUCUUCAACUUCAUAUGGAAACAUGGUUCCAACCUUCAGAGUUUCUAUGGGAGACACUCACUUAGGGGCCAGGAUGAAGAGGAAGAUUCAGAAAGAAUGGUCGGGAAAGUUGGAGGUUCUAGAUGGUAGUGUCACAAUGCUGGGGAAAGGGAACUUUAAGAAUGAAAGAUCCAUCAAAUGCUAAGGAGAAACUUGAGGCAAAUAAAGCCUGGAGAACUUGGAUUCUGUAAUUCUGAGAUAAGGAGUGGUAUCUGUGGAAAAUGGAGCUCUGCUAGAAUGGCGAGGAUGGAUUAAGGGCUGAGUGAGUGGUGAGGAACUGGAGGCAGCAGGCACAACCUACCCUUAGGGGAGUGGCUGUUAAUCCUUGUUCAGGGUCGCCAAGGCCCUUGAUAACCUUUCAAGGUAUGAUGGUAGAAGUCUCACAGGUGAAAUGUCAACUGGUUUGGCACCAACUGUAUAUCUGGUAUGAGUAAGAUGGUGAGCUUUCCAAACAAAGACUGCGUAUGCGUGGUUUCUGUGCAUGAUAUUUAAUUCUGACUUUAUUCUUCAGAGUUGGCCAUCUCCCCAGUGAGGAGGCAGCACAUGUAGAGUUACAUAUAUAUAAUUCUAAAUUUAAUUCAUUUAAAUCACCAAAUGGAUGAGCCUUCACUGUUGUGAUGAAUUUUUAAUGUAACUUGAGCAAGCCUUCUAGAAUUUUGCAUUCUGUCUGCUGCCUGAACAUUUUUAAAUGAUGCAUUAUUCUCUAGAAUUUGUUAGUGUUUGUCCAUUUUAUUGGAAUAGUAGAACAGAGUCCAUACCUACAUUAAAUUAUUCAUGUGAUGCUUUAGGCAGUUUUGGUUCUGUAACUUGCCAGGCACCAGAGGUAUAGUGCUACAGAUUGUCUUAAGAAGUAGUCAUUAUGGCUGUUGGAUUUCUCUAUAUGGCAGCUCUUUUACUAGAAAAUCCAAUUUUAUUGAUGUUAUUUGGUGGUGAAUCAUAUCUGCUCAUUCUGUGCUGUUGACUGAUAGGACUCAUUUCUGGCUUAAGAGAAACUCGAAGGGGGAAAAUCUGCAUUCCAAUUUGAUUAUUGUUUCUUUACUAUAAAUGCAGUUGAAGUCUUUAUACCACUCUUCUUUCAUUUGAAACCAAGUGUAGUAAUGGAUAUAAAAUGCUUUGUAAAAAUAAAUAAAUAAAUAAGGUAUUUGUAUUAAAACCAUUAUUGGUCCUAAGAAAGAAAUGUAGUAAAAAGAGCAUUGAGCAUAGCGUUAUCAUCCCUGGGUUUUCCUUCUGGCUCUGGAGCUAAUUCAGUUGUGUGGUCCUGGGCAGAUUGCUUCACAUCUCUGGUUGUGUGGUGUCUCGUCUGUAAAAUGAGAGGCGUGGAUUGGAACUCUAGGACCUUCUAGAGAAGCCUCAUGAAUACAAGCAGAGUGGGACCUGAGUGGUAAGGGCAUCAGUUUUACAACCUGGGCAUGGCACAGGCCAGAAAAUAAGUAUAGUAAAUUGAUCUUAAUAUCCACAACUACGUACAAAGUUUAAGGUUAAUUUUUUUCGUAAGAAGCUUGAUGAAGUAGAUAACUGCUGUUUUCCUUCUGUUUCAUUCAGCUUUCUUCAUCUUUAUGUGUACCUUUCUUUUCCUUACAUACAUAUAAUUUUGUCCUGUCCUUCAUUGUAUUCUUUGUCAUUGUUUCCAUUUCACUUUCCUUGUGUUUCAUUCCUGUAUCUUUCUUAUUUAGACCAAGUGGAGCACCCAGCCGGCAGUAGCCGCCAUGUAGGACCCUUCAGGAACCUGAUGGGAAGAAAAAAUCCCAGGAAAAUAAAAGCAAAGGAAACAAAACAGAAGACAUAAAGCUGAAGACCAGUGAGCCAGAUUCCACCCCUGCAAAUAUGAGAGAUUCUGCAGAAGGCCCUAAAGAAGAGGAAGAGAAGCCUUCAGCUUCAGCAGCUGAACAGACAGAUGUUCUUCAGGAGGUGGUUAGUCAGGAUGUACUUCCAGAAUUAGCAGUCCCUUCCGCUGUCUGUGAGCCACAAACAGAACCAGACGAGAAAGUAGAAGCAACGAAUUGUGAGGUGAAUGAUUUGGAAGAUGAAGAGGAGGAGGAAGAUGAUGAUGAAGAUGAUGAGUUGGAAGAAGAGGGGGAGGAAGAAGCUGACAUGCCAAAUGAAAGUUCUGUGAAAGAGCCAGAAAUACGGUGUGAUGAGAAGUUAGAAGAUUUAUUAGAAGAACCAAAACAUAUUUCAAGAGAAAGUCUUGAAGAUUCUCCAGAGGUAACACCUGUUAUCAGAAUUCCUAAAACUAAAGGAGAACCCAAUGGUGAUGUAUUUGAAACAUUUAUGUUUCCAUGUCAGCAUUGUGAGCGAAAGUUUACAACCAAACAGGGGCUUGAACGUCACAUGCAUAUCCAUAUAUCUACAGUCAAUCAUGCGUUCAAAUGCAAGUACUGUGGGAAAGCGUUUGGCACACAAAUUAACAGGAGGAGGCAUGAGCGUCGCCAUGAAACAGGGUUAAAGCGAAAGCCCAGCCUAACACUACAGCCGUCAGAAGACCUCACUGAUGGUAAAGUAUCUGGAGAUAAUGUUACUCCUCAAGAUGAAUCAAAUCCUCCCAAUCUUGGGCAGAACUCUCUGAUCUUGAAUUCAGAGAAAGCUUCCCAAGAAGCAGUAAAUUCUACUGUUGUAGAAGAGAAUGGGGAAGUUAAAGAACUUCAUCCAUGCAAAUACUGUAAAAAAGUUUUUGGAACUCAUACUAAUAUGAGACGGCAUCAGCGUAGAGUUCAUGAGCGUCAUCUGAUUCCCAAAGGUGUGCGGCGAAAAGGAGGCCUCCUGGAAGAGCCCCAACCUCCAGCAGAGCAGGCCCAGCCCACCCAGAAUGUCUACGUACCAAGCACAGAGCCUGAGGAGGAAGGGGAAGCAGAUGACGUGUACAUCAUGGAUAUUUCUAGCAAUAUCUCUGAAAACCUAAAUUACUAUAUCGAUGGUAAAAUUCAGACUAACAGCAGCACUAGUAAUUGUGAUGUGAUUGAGAUGGAAUCUAAUUCGGCUGACUUGUAUGGCAUAAACUGUCUGCUUACUCCAGUGACAGUGGAAAUUACCCAGAACAUACAGACUACUCCGGUCCCUGUGACGGACGAUCUCCCUAAAGAGCCUUCCAGCAGCACGAACAGGGAGUCUAAGAAACGAAGAACUACCAGUCCACCUCUCUUACCCAAAAUUAAAGCUGAAACGGAUUCAGACCCUGUAGCACCCUCGUGCUCCGUAAGUCUGCCUCUUAGCAUAUCAGCUACAGAAGCAGUGUCUUUUCAUAAAGAAAAAAGUGUUUAUUUGUCAUCAAAGCUCAAACAACUUCUUCAAACCCAGGAAAAACUAACUUCUCCUGCAGGGAUUUCAGCAACUGAGAUGCCUAAACUGGGUCCUCCUCCUGUGUCCGCUCCUGCGUCAAUGUUACCUGUGAGUUCAAGUAGGUUUAAGCGGCGGACCAGCUCUCCUCCCAGUUCUCCACAACACAGUCCUGCCCUUCGAGACUUUGGGAAGCAAAGCGAUGGUAAAGCAGUGUGGACUGAGCCUGUCCUGAGUUCUAAAAAACCCAAAAUGGAAAGUCAUAGCAACUCCCCAGCCUGGAGUUUGUCUGGGAGGGAUGAGAGAGAAACUGUGAGCCCUCCGUGCUUCGAUGAGUAUAAAAUAUCUAAAGAAUGGGCAGCCAGUUCUACUUUUAGUAAUGUAUGCAACCAACAGCCACUGGAUUUAUCCAGUGGUGUAAAACAGAAGGCUGAGGGUGUAGGCAAGACUCCCGUCCAGUGGGAAUCUGUAUUAGAUCUCAGCGUCCAUAAAAAGCCCUGCAGUGACUCUGAAGGCAAAGAAUUCAAAGAGAACCAUUUGGUGCCGCCAGCCUGUAGUGCUGUGAAGAAAAAGAAACCAACCACCUGCAUGCUACAGAAAGUUCUUCUCAAUGAAUACAAUGGCAUCGAUUUACCUGUAGAAAAUGCUGCAGAUGUGACCAGGAGCCCAAGUCCUUGUAAAUCACUAGAGCCUCAACCAGAUCCUGACCUUGGUCCCCACUCUAGUUUAUCUGCCCCUACUGUUGAGUCCCCACCUGAUGUUUCUCCUUCAUCACCUGCACUGCAGACAUCUUCCCUCUCUUCUGGUCAGCUGCCUCCUCUUUUGAUCCCAACAAAUCCCUCUUCCCCUCCACGCUGUCCUCCAGUCUUAACUGUUGCCACACCACCCCCUCCACUCCUUCCUACGAUUCCGUUACCUCUCCCAGCCCCCUCAUCUGAUGCAUCUCCUCAUCCUUGCCCCUCUCCCCUCUCGAAUGCUGCCGCACAGUCUCCACUUCCAGUUCUUUCACCUACAGUGUCUCCCUCUCCAUCUCCCAUCCAUUCUGUUGAACCGCUCACGUCUGCUGCAUCACCUGGGCCUCCAACACUUUCUUCCUCUUCUUCCUCAUCAUCUUCCUCAUCUUCCUUCUCCUCCUCUUCUUCCUCCUCUUCCCCUUCACCACCUCCUCUCUCAGCGGUAUCAUCCGUUGUUUCCUCUGGUGAUAAUCUGGAAGUUUCGCUCCCCAUGAUAUCUUUCAAACAGGAAGAGUUAGAGAAUGAAGAUCUGAAACCCAGGGAAGAGCCCCAGUCUUCAGUUGAACAGGAUGUUGUUCAGGAAACAUUCAACAAAAAUUUUGUUUGCAAUGUCUGUGAAUCACCUUUUCUUUCUAUUAAAGACUUAACCAAACAUUUAUCUAUUCAUGCUGAAGAAUGGCCCUUCAAAUGUGAAUUCUGUGUGCAGCUGUUUAAGGAUAAAACUGAUUUGUCAGAACAUCGCUUUAUGCUUCAUGGAGUUGGGAAUAUCUUUGUGUGUUCAGUUUGUAAAAAAGAAUUUGCUUUUUUGUGCAAUUUGCAGCAGCACCAGCGAGAUCUCCAUCCAGAUAAGGUGUGCACACACCAUGAGUUUGAGACUGGGACCCUCAGGCCCCAGAACUUCACAGACCCGAGCAAGGCCCAUGCUGAGCACAUGCAGAGUUUACCAGAAGAUCCUUCAGAAACAUCUAAAGAAGAAGAGGAGUUAAAUGAUUCCUCCGAAGAGCUUUACACGACCAUAAAAAUAAUGGCUUCUGGAGUAAAAACAAAAGAUCCAGAUGUUCGAUUGGGUCUCAACCAGCAUUACCCAAGCUUUAAACCGCCUCCAUUUCAGUACCAUCACCGGAACCCGAUGGGAAUUGGUGUGACAGCCACAAAUUUCACCACGCACAAUAUUCCACAGACUUUUACUACUGCCAUUCGCUGCACAAAAUGUGGAAAAGGUGUUGAUAACAUGCCUGAGCUACACAAACACAUCCUGGCAUGUGCAUCUGCUAGUGACAAGAAGCGGUACACCCCUAAGAAGAAUCCAGUCCCUUUGAAACAGACGGUGCAACCCAAAAAUGGUGUGGUGGUUUUAGAUAACUCUGGGAAAAAUGCCUUCAGACGCAUGGGGCAGCCAAAAAGACUGAAUUUCAGUGUCGAGCUAAGCAAAAUGUCAUCUAAUAAGCUCAAAUUGAAUGCAUUGAAGAGAAAAAAUCAGCUUGUGCAGAAAGCAAUCCUUCAGAAAAACAAGGCUGCCAAGCAGAAAGCCGACUUAAAAAAUGCUUCUGAGUCAUCCUCUCACAUCUGCCCUUACUGCAAUAGAGAGUUCACUUACAUUGGAAGCCUGAAUAAGCAUGCUGCUUUCAGCUGUCCCCAAAAACCUCUUUCUCCUUCCAAAAAAAAAGUUUCUCAUUCAUCCAAGAAAGGCGGACACUCGUCACCUGCCAGCAGUGACAAGAACAGUAACGGCAACCACCGCCGAAGGACGGCGGACGCGGAGAUUAAGAUGCAGAGCACGCCGGCUCCUCUGGGAAAGACCCGAGCUCGCAGCUCUGGCCCUGCGCCGGUCCCGUUGCCCUCCUCGUCCUUCAGGUCCAAGCAGAAUGUCAAGUUUGGGACUUCGGUGAAGUCCAAGAAGCCAAACUCCUCUUUAAGGAACUCCAGCCCGAUAAGAAUGGCCAAAAUAACGCACGUCGAGGGGAAAAAACCCAAAGCUAUGGCCAAGAAUCACCCUGCUCAGCUUGCGAGCAAAGCGUCCCGGAACCUGCAUGUGCGAGUCCAGAAAAGUAAAGCUGUUCUACAAAGCAAAGCCACCUUGGCAAGUAAGAGAAGAACAGACCGGUUCAAUAUGAAAUCUAGAGAACGGAGUGGGGGGCCAAUCACCCGAAGCUUACAGCUGGCCGCUGCCACUGACGUGGGUGAAAACAGGAGAGAGGACAGCAGUGCCAAGCAGGAGCUGAAGGACUUCAGGAACUUCCUGUAGAAAAGCCCCCAAAACAAAACAAAACAAACCUUAAUUGACAAAAUAACGAUAUUGCAUGCUCAACUUAGGAUAAGCACUACGGCAAAGGAUACGAAAUCUACCAAGCUUGCAAGACCAGCUGAAGCUGACUCACAAAUCCUAACACACAACUGAUUGCCAGCAGGCUUCUUGUUAUCUUGGUUAGAGUCAGGCAUCUGCUUCUUCGGUGGUGCCCAGCACCCGUGCGGGGCUCCCGGGUGAUUGAGAUCCAAAGAGGAGAGUGCCGUAAGAUGGGCUAGAUGAACUGGCUUGUCGUCACUGGACUGGGAACUGAGCUCUGAGUGUAGCCCUUGCUUUUGGCACAUAGCAGAGAAUGAUUUGAACUCAACCUUGCAAAGCAAGCUCCCUGUUUUAUCAGUAGUUUGUUGUAGAUUUCAGGGAUGACAAAUUCUGAUGCACUCAUUUUAAAAUAUUUUGGUCACACACCAGCUCUUGAUGCCUUUCUUCUAAAUGAACUGUAGACAGAGAGAGGCGUUUAGCUUAUCUCUUGCCCUGUUUUUUUUUUUUUUUUAAAAUAUCACAAGCAGAUUGCCAGCAUAAUGGAGAGGAAACCAGAUUGGAUAUGGACUUUUUUUUAUGUCUCUCCUAGUGUCAUGUUUGUAUAUCCAAAUGGAGAUUAUCCUCUCAGUUUAUUAUCUGGCACUAAUUUAUAACUAUUAUAUUAUCAGAUACUAUGUAGCAAUAUAUCAAUGCACAGGAUGACUCCCAGGCCUGUAUAGAUGUAUGUCUACGCAUAAAUGCAAAUGAAUUUAUGUUCCAGGUUUUACACUUCAGUCUCUAAUAGAGGUUAAAAACAACAAAUUGGCCUCUUCCUCAGUAUAUAAAUAUCAUUUCUCCAUGCAUUUAUAGGCCCCUCCCCCCAAAAAUUAAUGACCGAGUUGGUGGAAAAUGGCUAGGUUUUAUUCAUAUCGUUUUUUGUUCUCAACUUUAAAAAGUAAUCUACCUCUUAAAAUUUGUAGUGUAAUACUUGUUUGGUGAAUUUGUGCCACUUUAACCCUUUCACUAUCAUUCCCAUUUUGUUACAUUUCUGUUACGGGGACUUUAUGUUGAAAUAUUGUAUAAAGCAUUUGUAGCAGUUUAAAAAUAAAAUAUUUAAAAUUAUUUAAAUUGUUUUGGACGCUUCAAUUGUAUUAUAUGUGAUUUACAUUUUACAUGAAAUUCUUUUUGUUUUGUUUGAGUUGUUAAUCUGGAGAGUGUUGUUCCUGUAUUGAUGUUUGCUGUUAGUUAUUUUAUUGUUUCUUGUUGGAGAGUGAUAUAAAAGACUAUUCUAAUGAAAACAUUAAAAUUUACAAUUUGACAUACAAAAGGGGUUGUCCAUUGAUUUAACCAUUGCAGCCUUCAGAGAAAGAGAGAGAUAUUAAGUAUAGAUAGACAAGAGCAGUGUUUGCUGUUUUUCCCCUUCUAGCAUGAAAUAAACCAUUUGAGUUUGUCAGAUGUAUAAAAAAGAUUUUUUAUGCUGUUGCUAGCAAGCACUUAAUAAAUAGGAGGGGAAUUCCAAUGAUACAUUUUAUAUAAUUGUAACCAAUAAAAAAAACUUUCUAAA